UGUGAUUCUAACCUCAAAUUAACCUAAUUGUUACAUCUCAUAAUAAUUCUUCCGCAAUAAAUACAAUGGCUUUGCGUUCAGUUACUAAAGCACAUAUUUUGUUGGGACAAUGCGUCCCGUGUCUGAAAGAAAACACGUCCAAAUUCAAGGUGAAACGACUGGAAUUGGACAAGAACUUGCUUAUGUAUUUUAAAAAAGACGAAUUCAUUUACGCCCACGACCCAGAUAAGAAAUGUAAAACGGGCGACAUCGUCCUCAUUGAACAACUCCAGGAGAAAAAGACACGACUGGUAACUCACGCUGUGAAAGAGAUUGUCUACAAGUUUGGAGACAUUGUUGAUCCGUUAACGGGAAAGAAAUGCAUUGCAGGAAAGUACAGAGAUCACAUAGAGGCAGUGAACAAAGUUUAUGGUGAAACUGAGCAAGGCUUUAAGUAUAACAAGGCACCACCUCGUGGCUGGCAAGAGGACAAGAAGGACUUUACCCAUGUUGACACUUACAUUAAGUAUCAUGAGGAUGGAAAGGAUCAACCCUAUGCUGUAUAAUAGUUAGUUAAUAAUUUGUAGGAUUGUUUUGUUUGUAAUAAAAUAUUAUUAAUA